CCCGGAAUUGCAAUGCCAGUAAAAUAUGAUAGCCAGGUCCCGGGGAUCGCUCUUCGUCUGCUCAGAUCCUCCUUCCGUGUGUGUGUGUUGACUGACUGGGGAUGAUCUCAAUCGGCUCGUAGAUAGCGGCGCUCCUUUCAGCGCCACUGCGCGGGCAGCUGAUGCUCUGUGUGUGGGAGGGACUAACGGAGAGCUCCCCUCAGUGCAGCCUGCCGCCACAGCAGCGAGAGGAGAGAAAGAGAGAGAGCGAGAGAGAGAGGAGGGAGCUAUUCAGAGCAUAUUCAAUGAUAAGGCUCCCUUAUCUGGUCCUCGUUAUGUGCCCUAACCCGCUGUAGUGUCUAAAAAGAGGAGAAGAAGGAGGGGAUGCUGAAGUAGCGCGGUGAGUGUGUUUCUUUAUUUGUAUCCGUAUCCGUGGAGGGGUUUUUUUUUGGUCAGGGAUUAGAAAAAAUAAAAGCGGAUUGUGUGCAUGACUGGUCCACCCUUAUGCAGAGCAGCAUCUCACAUCUUCCGCUGAAUCUGAAGUGUGCAGCCGUAUCACAAAAUAGCUUCUUGCAGCAUGAGAUGCAUUUUUUUUGCAUUAACUAGCGUUUGUAUGAGACUAUUUCCUGAUGGAGUCACUCUGCUACAGUCCAAAUCUAAUUCUGAAUAUUUAGCCUAUUGUUUGAUUUGUUUUUGCUUGUAUGUGUUCAAGGCGCUGUGUCCUUUGAAAACAGAGCCAGAAUGUAGCUCAGUCUAGGUUUAUACGUGGAUUGUUUCACUAAUUGGCUUCUGAGGUAUUUGGCUAAUCACAGCCUCUGUAAGCGCCUUUCAGCAGAGGUCCGCAGGUUUUUCCUAAACAAUCUGAUCAACUUUAAAGUGAUUUCGAAGAACCCAACCUAAAUUCUCCAAAUUACGCACAAGUUUUGUUUUGCGCAUUGUGGUUAUUAAUGAAAAGAAUUUAACUUUGGGCUUCUGUGUGUCUUCUUUUUAAGGCAUGCAGUGGAGGCAAAAUAUCGUGGGAGGAAGGCUCAGAGUGAACCAGCCGGGGGUGAAACACGAAUGGCUUCUGCAGAGCUGCUUCCCGCAGUCGAGGGAGCCAAACAGCCCGACAACACCGACGUCCUUGACCGGGUGUCAGGCGCGCUUCCAGGCAAGUCUGGUGGAUCAACAGGAGGAGUCCCCCUGGGGGAGGGCUACUGUAACCCAGCCCGCAGCUGCCAUGACCAUUCAGCACCAAGGACGGCGCCGCGCAAAGGGGGCGCGGAGGUUAAACUCGGUCACUUCGGUGAGGAGAAAGUCCGGGUUUGUUGCGACGAGGAAUUAGAAACAUCAUUUACGUAUAUAGAUGAAAACGUUAACUUGAGACUGGCAAGCCCGGAAACAAGCUGUAAAAGUUCUCAUAGACCCGUGCGCAAUGGCGAACCCUGCUCUGAGACUUUUCCGGAAAUCUCCUUCAUGUCCGAGGAUGAUCUCUCAUUCGGGGAGGGCUCAGGGACCUCUAUAGACUACGGCUUUAUCAGUGCAGUCACGUUCUUAGUCACUGGGAUCUCCUUGGUGAUCAUCUCCUACGCCGUGCCUCGGGAUGUGGUGGUGGAUCGUGACAGCGUGUCAGCGAGGGAGAUGGAGAGGCUGGAGAUGGAAAGCGCACGGAUAGGUGCCCACCUGGAUCGGUGCGUCAUAGCGGGACUGUGUCUGCUCACGCUGGGCGGCGUGGUGCUCUCCACUCUGCUCAUGAUUUCCAUGUGGAAAGGGGAGAUGUACAGGAGGAAGGUGAUCGCUUAUACUAAGCGUUCAGCCAAACAGUAUGGCUCCAUCAGCCUGAAAACUAGAUCCAGUCCCAGCCAUUCCUCCGCGCACUUGUCCCUUGAGGAGGAAAUAGAGGAAACUUUGGCCUAAAAUGCUGCUUUGCUAUGAACAUUUUUUGUAUUACUGAGGAAUUAAUGCCAUUCACACACAUUCUCUAACAUAAAGUAGCCAAAAGUAGGCUUCUUACAGUCAUAGUGUGCAACAUUUUUGUCCGGAACUGUAGAAAUAGCUUGGUGACCAUGUUGAAUCUCCAUGCAGAGUAUAGAAGGGAAAGGCACUUUUCAAAUGCAAAGAGAGCAAUAGCCAUAAAACAUGAUGUGGUAUCAGAUUGUUCCCAAAUGAUUUCAAACCACGAAAAUGGCAAGAAUGUUGAGAGCUUUGUGUCACAACAUCCGAUCACAUUUUUGUACCCAGGAUGCAAUCUCUAAGAGCUUCCAUUUAUUAUAAGGCCAUUCAUAUUUAAUGUGAAUGUUUCCUACAGCAGGACUGUGCACAGACACAGUCAAGGAAGUGAGAGUGAGAGGUGUGUCUGUGCGUGUCCCCGGGGCAGGAGAGUGGAAGUAAGGCAGGAUGUAAAGCUGUCCCUGUCCACUGUGAUGCAGGGGGGAAUCAGCUCAGUGGUCCACACGGUAAUAUCCAGUGACAGUCCCUCUCUGGUGCAGUGCUGAGGUAAGCCAGUAAGCCCAGCCUCAUGCAUCUGAGCCAAAGCUCCACGUCGUUUUGAUUGUAGUGAGCAAUUUGAGUGCAGUCGACAGCUCUGACACUGUGCACCCUUCUCUGCUCUCUCACUCGAUCCCCUCUGCUCUUCUUCUUCUCCUCCCUCCUCACCUUCUCUCUGCCACAGGAGACUUUCUCCUCUCCUGCAGUUUGUCAGUGUCCUCUUCAGCCCUGUAAAUCCACUCUGUAAGCAUAUGAAAAAGGUCCUGGAAGACCAGAGCCAAGUGCCUGUGACAUUUCAAGGCAGAUGAGCCUUUUUUUUUUAUAACACUUCUCUUUUAUUUUCUCUUUCUCUAUGUGAGGGUGGACUUAAGAACUCCUAAUCACACAUGAAAGAGUCGCCCUACUUCUAAACCUUAAGCCUUCACCACACUUCAAAGAGCUAAUUACACUCUCAAAGUGAGGUAUCAGUCUUUCUGAAAGGUUACAUUUGAUGUAAUCGUAGUGAUUGGCUGACUGGAGCAUCACAGAUGACGCCGAAAUCUCAGAAAAAAGGGUUUAUCUUGUGCAGACUUGCUAAAAAUGUUAAUGCCCCAGUGUCCAGGGAAGUCAGAGACCAGCUUCCUUUUCAUAGUUUAAGGAGAUUUUCAUUUCAGUCUGAGCUUAAUCCAUUUGAAAGCAACACUUUUUUUUCUAUCUCCCUGAUGGUUGUUAAUGCUUUGCAGAAGUGAAUAAAGAAUGCCGUGCAAUUUCUCUUGAAAAACAGUCCCUUUUUAUGGAGGUAUGUUCAGUACAAUAUGAAGCUCAUAAAUUAUGCAUGAACCACAAAAAUUCCUUUGAAUCUGCAUAUUUCCAUUGACACAGCCAGUCAGUUCAUUCUGUAAGAGUAUUCUUAGUGAUUCUCAAACUCUGACCCUGAUUCCUUGGUUUUUCAUACCCUCAUUUUUGAGGACACGUGACCCCUAUUUCAAAAUGACAUGAGUCAGCCUCUGUUAAUGAGAUGUGCAGGCUGAUUAUUCUAUGGCAAACAGCUCAAGGCCAUGUUGUUGCUGCUGCGCUGUGAAUUCUUAGUGCCAGUCAGUGUGAAGACAGAUGGAGAAGUUUGUUUUCAAGUGAAAAGACUGACUCACUGACUCGGCAUGAGGCAUUCACAUAGAUUUAUCCAUCAAAAGUCAUCUGUUGUCGAAGUGAAUGUAUCAAGUUUGUGUUUCUGCAGCUUUUCAUUCUCUGUUUCUAUGACCACAGAACUGACAAGUGUGUUUGCAUCCCCAUAAAACAGCCAUUACUUCCUGAAUUGGCAUUAAAACACCAAAUGAAGAGAUUUCCAGGAAAAGCAAUAAAAAUUAAUGAUCCAUAUGAGGCAA